CAGGGUGGGAAGGUUAGUUCUGGUGCAGGGCACCUGGAAGUAAGGUGUAGCACCUGCCAGUCCCUGUAGGGAGACUGCACCCCAAGUGUCAAUUCUUGGGUCCACUCAUAUGACUUGAGUGCCCAGUCUUAUCACCUUAUCUUGCCUGAAUAUUUCCCAGUUUCUGGUAUCUCUCUUACCUCCAAACUGUUGGACCCUCUCCCUCUCCCUUACUAGUUCCCAGUUAAAGGACCUCUCUCACCUGGCUCUCAUGGACGGCACCCUGGUAGCACUAUGCACCAGUCCCACCGAGAGCUGUUUUGUUUUGGGCAGUCACUGUGCUGGGUCUUUGGGAAGAGGGGGAUUUGGAAACCUGGCCAGCUGGAGUUCCAACCUGGGAGCUGCCCCCACCAAAGAUGGCGAGGAAGGUGACCAAAGAUGGAGGUUGUGAAGAUGAGAAAAGAAGUGAAGAGAAUCCGAGUUUUGGUUAUCCGAAAACUUGUCAGGAGUGUUGCCAGACUGAAAUCAAAAAAGGGUACUGAAGAUGCGCUAUUAAAAAACCAAAGACGGGCACAGCGAUUACUCGAAGAAAUCCAUGCCAUGAAGGAAUUAAAACCUGAUAUGGUAACUAAAUCUGCUCUUGGCGAUGAUAUUGACUUUGAAAAAAUCUGCAAGAAGCCAGAUUCUACAGCAUCUGAAAGAGCAGUUGCCAGACUAGCAGUACACCCUCUUCUGAAGAAAAAAAUAGAUGUGCUUAAAGCUGCUGUGCAAGCCUUUAAAGAUGCAAGACAAAAUGCUACCAAAGUUGACUCAUCAAAGAAUACUUCAGAAGAAAAUCAUUAUAAAGAUACUUUGUGUUCAAAUGAUGAUGCAAGGAAAUUACAGCCUAAAGAAACUAUCACCAGUGAGCAGAAAGUGAAAGAAGCCAAAAUACAGGCAAAGAAACCAACAAAUAAUUCAAAGGAAAAAAUAGCCAAGGUAGAACAUGGAUCCAAAGCAGUAAACAUUACAGAGUCUCUGUCAAAGCGUUUGGGAGAGGAUUCUGUAGUCCUUUGUCAACCUGAGCACACACCUGCUGAAACAAAAAUGAAAACAUUAAAUCAAACAAAAAUAAUGAAGGUGCCUGAUAGCUCAGUUGAUGGUAACAGUGAUAUCGAAGAAGAAUUACAUGAAGAGGAAAAGGUAUAUUUUGAUGACAGCACAGAAGAAAGGUUCUACAAACAGUCUUCCAUGUCCGAGGAUAGUGAUAGCGGUGAUGACUUUUUCAUUGGGAAAGCCAGGCGGACACGAAGGAAAGAAAGUAGUUGCCAUUCUUCAGCUAAGGAACAAAAACCCCUCCAAUUUUUACCCAAGGAAGAGACUCAUGAAACCCAUUUGAAUGUAAGAAAUGACAAAAACAAGCCAAGUACAGAAGCCAGGAAGUUAGAAUCAGUGUUUUUCCAUUCUUUGUCUGAAUCUAAAAGCUCUAGAAGGGAUUAUAGAGAACAAGCUCCAAAGAGCAAAACCACCCCAGAUUUUCUGGAAAACAAACCUCAGACUGAGAAUCUAUUUAAAAAGAAUGUACCAAAAGGACCUACAAAUACAAAGCAACAGUUACACCUGCCUCUUCAUCCUUCUUGGGAAGCAAGCAGGAGGCGUAAAGAACAACAGUCUAAAAUUGCUGUGUUUCAGGGGAAAAAAAUUACAUUUGAUGAUUGAUCAGUG